AUGGCCUGGACCCCGCUCCUCCUGGGCCUCCUGGCUUACUGCACAGGCUCUGUGGUCUCCUAUCAGCUGACUCAGCCUUCCUCAGUGUCGGUGUCUCUGGGAGAGACGGCCAGGAUGACGUGUCAGGGAAACAACAUUGGUGGUAAAUAUGCUUACUGGUACCAGCAGAAGGCAGGCCAGGCCCCUGUGCUGGUCAUUUAUGAGGAUAACAAGCGGCCCUCAGGGAUUCCUGACCGGUUCUCUGGCUCCAACUCGGGGAACACGGCCACCCUGACCAUCAGCGGGACCCAGGCCGAGGACGAGGCUGACUAUUACUGUGCAGUAGGUGAUGGCACAUGUGUGGUUUUCGGUGGCGGGACCCAGCUCACCGUCCUAGGUCAGCCCAAGAGCGCACCCUCUGUCACACUGUUCCCGCCCUCCUCUGAGGAGCUCAGCACCAACAAGGCCACCUUGGUGUGUCUGGUCAAUGACUUCUACCCCGGCGCUGUGACCGUGGCCUGGAAGGCGGACGGAAAGCCCAUCAGCCAGGGCGUGGAGACCACCAAGCCCUCCAAGCAGAGCAACAGCAAGUAUGCGGCCAGCAGCUACCUGAGCCUGACCUCCAGCCAGUGGAAAAGCCACCAGAGUGUCACCUGCCAGGUCACGCACGAGGGCAGCACCGUGGAGAAGACAGUGGAUACCAAAGCCUGUUCUUAGGCCCCUCAGCCUCCC